UCAUAAAUUGUUGAAUUAAAAGAAUGCAGCACAACAGCAUUGAUGUAGUGACCUAUGAUGACGUGCAUGUGAACUUCACUCCGGAAGAGUGGGCUUUGCUGGAUCCUUCUCAGAAGAGUCUCUACAAAGAUGUGAUGCUGGAGACCUAUAGGAAUCUCACAGCUAUAGGCUACAUUUGGGAAGACCAUACAAUUGGUGAACAUUUUCCAAGUUCUAGAAGACAUGGAAGGCAUGAAAGAAGUUGUACUGGAGAGCAACCCUCUGAGAUUACUCAUUGUGGAAAAGGGUUUGCAUAUCAGAAUCAUAAUCAAAGGCAUGAAAGAACUCAUAAUGGAGAGAAUCUCUAUAAAUGUAACCACUGUGGUAAAGACUUUGCAGGAAGGAGUAAACUCCGAAUACAUAAGCGAACACAUACAGGAGAGAAACCCUAUGAAUGUAACCAAUGUGGUAAAGCCUUUGUAGUAAGCAGUAGACUUGAAUACCAUAAAAGAACACAUACUGGAGAGAAACCUUAUGAAUGCAACCAAUGUGGUAAAGCCUUUGCCCGAAAGUGUGGUCUCAUCUAUCAUAAAAGGAUACAUACAGGAGAGAAACCCUAUGAAUGUGACCAGUGUGGCAAAGCCUUUGCACACAGCAGUGUUCUUCAAUUUCAUAAGAGAACACAUACAGGAGAGAAACCCUAUGAAUGUACUCAAUGUGGUAAAGCCUUUGCACACAGCAGUAGUCUUGAAUAUCAUAAAAAAACACAUACAGGAGAGAAACCCUAUGAAUGUAACCAAUGUGGUAAAGCCUUUGUAGUAAGCAGUGGUCUCAAAUAUCAUAAAAGAAAACAUACAGGAGAGAAACCCUAUGAAUGUAACCAAUGUGGUAAAGCCUUUCCACGAAGCAGUAGUCUCGAAUAUCAUAAAAGAACACAUACGGGAGAGAAACCCUAUGAAUGUAACCAAUGUGGUAAAGCCUUUGCACGAAGCAGUGGUCUCAAAUGUCAUAAAAGAACACAUACAGGGGAGAAACCCUAUGAAUGUAGCCAAUGUGGUAAAGCCUUUGUAGUAAGCAGUGGACUCAAAUAUCAUAAAAGAAAACAUACAGGAGAGAAACCCUAUGAAUGUAACCAGUGUGGUAAAGCCUUUGCCCGAAGCAGUAGUCUUGAAUAUCAUAAAAGAACACAUACAGGACAGAAACUCUAUGAAUGUAACCAAUGUGGUAAAGCCUUUGCCCAUAGCAGUGUUCUACAAGGUCAUAAAAGAAUACAUAUAGGGGAAACACCAUAUUAAUGUAACCAAUCUGGUAAAACUUUUUUCACAAAUCAGUAUUCUUAAUAUACAUAAAAGAACACUUAUUUGAGCGAAACCCUUUGAGUGUCACUAAUGUGGUAAAGCUUUAUCACAGAGCAGUUUUCAGCACAAUCAUAAAAGAACACAGACAGGAGAGCAGUUGUUGAAUGUAAGCAAUGUGGUUUUAAACCCUUUUCACAAAGCAGUGUCCCCAAAUAUAUAAAGGACCAUGUACUGGAGAGAAACACUGAAUAUCAUCAAUGUUCUGAAGCUCUUCUAUGUCCCAAUCAUCUUCAAAUACAUAGAAGGACAUGUACUGGAGAGAAAUCCUCUGAAUGGAACUAAUGUUGUAAAGCCUUUGCACAAAGGAGUCAUCUCCUAGUACAUCAAAGGAAACAUCCUGAAGAGAAACACUGUGAAUGUAAGCAAUGUGGUAAACCUUUUG